AUGGCUGGGAAGCUUCAUCGCAGUAGACUGGGUAGAGUCUUUUAUGACAUUUGCAUGACAUUUUUUCGAGUAAAUGAUGGAGGCUUCAUUUUUAUGGCAUUCCUCUUGUUUUUCGCCGAUUUGUUCGCCACAUAUUUUAUCAUUCAGCGAAUACCAUACACCGAAAUCGAUUGGUCGACAUAUAUGCAGCAAGUUGAAUGCUAUACAAAAAAGAAUAUAAUGAAUUACAGUAGAAUUGAGGGCGAUACGGGACCAUUGGUGUACCCGGCUGGUCAUUUAUUUGUCUAUAGUAUAUUGUACAAUCUGACGAAUCGCGGCACCAAUAUUCGUCUGGCGCAAUAUAUUUUCAUGGGAUUUUACAUGCUCAACUUAUUAAUGGUGUUCAAAAUAUUGUACAGAUCGAAAAAGGUGCCCCCUUUUGCUUUACUUUUUGUGUGCGCUACCGGAUACCGGAUACACUCAAUAUUCGUGCUUCGACUCUUCAAUGAUCCAAUCGCGAUGUUCAUAUUUUACGCGGCAUUGGAUCGAAUAUUAUCGAAUCAGUGGCUGUUCGGCUGCUUUCUGUACAGUUUUGCGGUAUCGAUCAAAAUGAAUAUUCUACUAUUCGCACCUGCACUAUUUUUCACACUUUUAUUCAACACUGGUUUUAUGCGCACAUUUCUCUAUAUAUGCGUUUGCGGUAUAACUCAACUUUACAUCGGCUUCCCAUUCCUUUUCCAUGAUUGGAAAUCGUAUAUCAUGCGAUCAUUCGAUCUUGGACGAGUUUUUAUGUACAAAUGGACGGUGAAUUGGAGAUUUCUUCCAGAAUUUUGUUUUCUUGAUUAUCGCCUUCAUAUAACGCUCCUUUUCGGGCAUGUUCUAUUUUUAAUGACAUUUGGAUCUACGAUGUGGUUCAGGGACAAAGGAGGCCUUAAUCGAGGCAUGUGGCUUCUUUCCAAACAGAUAUUAACGCGGACGGGAUCGGCAGAAACGAUAUUUGCAUUCUUCACGUCGAAUCUGAUUGGCAUCACAUUCGCGCGAUCGCUUCAUUAUCAAUUCUAUUCAUGGUACUACCAUCAGCUGCCGUAUUUGCUUUUCAUCAAUUAUCCGAAUGUUCUGAAACCGGCUGAUAUUCCGUGGAAGUCGAUAUUCAUCAAAAUUCUAAUGCUGUUAGGCGUCGAGCUUUGCUGGAAUGUCUACCCGUCGACGUGGUGGUCGUCGUUGCUUCUUCAUGCUCUUCAUAUUUCGAUUUUGAUGUAUAUCGUUGUCAGAAAGCCGAGAAGGUCGCUGACGAAUUAUUAUGAAAAUGAGCCGCUUGGAAGGUAUAUAUUGAAUGAUUUGAUGUUACGAAAUGCGACUGAAAUUGAAGGACGAAAUAUACCGUAUGUAAAUGGAUUGAUGAAUGGAGCCGCAAGGGCGGUUCAGAAAAAUAUUAGACAUGUAUUCGAUCGAAACAUGAAACGAAAUCAGCGAGAAUGGGCGGUUCGUCAGAAGGACUUCAACGCGGCCCAAUACCUAAAAGAAGAAGUUGGCUGGAGAGUGGCUGAUAAGGUUUUCGAUCUCACCAAAUUCAAUCCAUUGGCUCUCGACAUUGGAUGCGGUGUCGGUCAAAUCGCGCCCCAUCUUAUCAAAGAAAACGUUGGAAAAAUUAUUCAGAUUGAUAUGAGUAGCAGUAUGAUUGCGGCAAAUAAAGGAUGCGACGAUGACGGCGUCGACGUCGAGAGUAGAUGUGUCGAUGAGGAGAUCCUCGAUGGCUUCGAUGAGAAUCAAUUCGACCUUCUUUUAUCCUCGAUGUCUGCUCAUUGGAUCAAUGAUCUGCCGGGAUGGUUCCGACGCUGCUACCAUAUCCUGAAGCCCGAUUGCCCAUUUAUAGGAACAAUGAUCUCCGAGGAUAGCCUUUACGAGCUUCGAUGCUCUCUUCAACUCGCUGAGAUGGAACGUCUUGGUGGUAUUGGUUCGCAUAUUAGUCCAUUUGUUCGAUCGCAGGAUAUCGGCGGCCUUCUAUCAUCGGCGGGAUUCGAUAUGAUCACAUUAGACACCGAUGAAAUUGAAGUCGGUUAUCCGAGUAUGUUCGAGCUGAUGAUUGAUCUACAAUUGAUGGGAGAAUCGCAUUGCACAUUCCGAAGGAGUCUCACCCUUCGUAGAGAUGUUCUAAUAGCAGCCGAAGCGAUUUACAAGGCGAUGUAUGCGAAGGAUGAGAAACACCCGGCGACAUUCAAAUUGUGCUCGUUUAUCGGCUGGAAACCGGGUCCGAAUAUGCCGAAGCCGGCGAAAAGGGGAUCUCAAAAUGUCUCAUUAAAAGAUAUUGGAAAAAUCAUUGAAGAUCCGGAAAUGAUGAAGAAAUUGAGCGACGAUAACAAAAAUAAAAAUUAA